AUGGAGAAGGAUUUUUUGAAACUACAAGAAGCUCACGAAGGGCAACAGGCACUUCUGCAAAAGUUGCAGGUGAGCGGGAUAUGCUAUAACAAAUAGAUGUAUAAUUUUGUUAGUUCUUGUCGCAUUUGAAAAAUUAGUGCUGGUAAUCUGUGAACAUAACUUAAUUCGACGUACCGUAACCUAAUGGUGUCACCGUAACCUAAUGGUGUCACCGUAACCUAAUGGUGUCACCGUAACCUAAUGGUGUCACCGUAACCUAAUGGUGUCACCGUAACCUAAUGGUGUCACCGUAACCUAAUGGUGUCAACCCUAAAUAACGUGCAUUUUAAAGAAUGCUGUGUUCAUUCAUAGUCUAGAAUUGCCAUCGUGAUAACUUGCCGUACUUUUCUUGAUGAUAUAGUUUCCACGACCUGAAAAAGGGAUGGAAAAGACAUAUUAAAGAAAAAGUGCUAGAAUGUUGCUUGUAAACUUUGUAGUGUGGUGGAAUUUCUCCCAUUACCAUUGUCAAAAAGUUCUGUCGGUGCAAUUGUAGAGUCCAAUUUUCUUUUAAACUCCCACAACCACUCCUUUGCUCCACUCAUUAUUCUGGUAUUUAAUUCUACUUGUGUCACCGUCUUUUGCUCACACAUGUACAAACUCUAUGUUUGGGUUGAAAAAACUGAUCUCGAGUGUCUUCGCUGGCAGGGAAAGGUACAAAAGGCUCAGACGAUUCAAGAUACCUGCAAGAAACAAGAAAAGGUGAAAAACCAUCGAGCGAGUUUGUGAGACUGAGUUGUGAACCUUCCAGACAAAAGGCGACAGUUAAUGUUUAAAUACACAUCCUUUGUAGGUUAUUGUACAACUCGAGCAGCUUUUGGCCCAAAAGGGAAAGGGACCAUACAAUGGAGGUGAGUUACCUUUGAAACGCACCUGUAUAUCAAGAUGAAUUACAUUUGUUAUCAGUUUAUAAUAAAGAAACUUGUACGAGAAUGAUUAUAAAAAAAUACUUGUGUUACAAGGGCGAGUCCAGAGAGGCAAAGUUAUUAGUUUUCAGAGAAACUAUUCCGUUGCAACGAAAGGAGUCUCGGUUUCAACUAUGCACACAGAAUGAUUGUCUUCGGUUGGUAGCAUAAAGGGAAACUAAAUUGAUAGCCGUUGGAGCAGAAGAUCACAUGCGCUUAGUAUCUCAUCCACACCUACCACACCCUUAUACCCAACAUGAUGUUACUUAUAAGGCAAAUCAUAACUCGUCUUUAUUCGACGAUCAAGCUCAAAAUUUACCAUCUUUCUGCAUAUAUUUACCAACUAUAAUCUCCAACUAGUCUCUAUAGAAACUGGCGAGACUUACAGAAAACUCAGUGAAGAGAAUAUCAGACUACAGGCAGAGGUUUUGCAGUACAAGGUACUUAUA